AUGGCGCCCAACAGAGGCGAGGACCCGGCCACCGUCCGGUACCUGCCCGAGGGCCGCCAUUUCACCUUUCGCGGCGUGGUCGUGGGCCUCCUCGUGGGCCUGGUCAUCUGCUUCUCCAACAUGUACUUUGGUCUCCAGACCGGCUGGAUCAGCAUGAUGACAAUGCCCGCCAGUCUGAUGGGCUUCGGCAUCUUCAAAGCUCUCUCCCGCCACCUCACGUUCCCCUUCUCCCCUGUCGAGAACGUGUUGGUCCAGUCUGUCGCCGGAGGAAUGGCCGUUAUGCCGCUAGGGUGUGGCUUCGUAGGAGUCCUCCCGGCCAUGGAGUAUCUCCUGCAACCCUCUGAGCUGGGCCCGGUGCGACUGAGCACAACGAAGCUCAUCGUUUGGUCUCUUGGGCUUUGCUAUUUUGGAGUGAUGUUUGCUGUCCCUCUGCGGCGCCAGGUCAUCAUCCGGGAGAAGCUCAAAUUUCCAAGUGGCUUCAGCACCGCGGUUCUAAUUGGUGUCCUCCACGGCAAGGGUCAAGGCGAGAAUGGCGUCCUUGAUCCUUCGAAAGCCACGAGGUUUGGCAGUCUUGCUCUGGAGAACCGGCCGCUCAUGCAAGCCGAGGAAGCCAACGAGUCCCAGGACGCAGACGAGUCUGCUCUCAACCACACCUCGGCGGAACUUGAGGGAGGUGAAAAGUACAACUGGGGCAAGAACAUCAGGCUCCUGCUUAUCGCCUUUGGGAUAUCUGGUUUCUACACACUCUGCACGUUCUUCUUCCCCGGCAUCCGAAACCUGCCCAUUUUUGGCACCGUGGCAGCUGAGACGUGGCUUUGGACAUUGAAUCCCAGCUUGGCCUACGUCGGCCAGGGCAUCAUCAUGGGUCCUUCGACGACAAUACACAUGCUUCUCGGCGCCGUGCUAGGCUGGGCUGUCCUAUCGCCGCUGGCCAAGAACAAAGGUUGGGCUCCUGGAGCAAUUGACGACUGGGAGACUGGCAGCAAGGGUUGGAUUGUGUGGACGUCGCUGGCAAUCAUGCUCGCGGACGCGGUAAUCAGCUUGGGCUACAUCACCCUACGCCCCGUUGUCCAGCAUGGCCCAUCUGUGCUGCGUAAUGCCCAGCAGCAAUUUGAGCGCGAAGGCUGGCGCGGGCUCUUCCGGAAACGCUCUUCCCAGCACCGCUACACGGCACUUGCAAAUGACGAUAAUCUUUCCCCACGGCCCUCGACUGACAACGACGAUUCGCAAGAACCAUCCAGCAGGCCAGUUAUUGCCCCCGCUCACAUGCCUGGUUACGACGAUAACACCAAACUCCGUGCAUGGGACGGGGAGGAUGCUCCUCCAGACCAACUUAUCGGCUCCAAGACCGUCAACAUAGGUCUAGUCCUGUCGAUCCUGUUUUGUGUCGCAAGCAUACAUUUCACAUUCGGGGAGCUGGUUCCGCUCUACGCGACCGUUAUUGCCGUCUUCAUGGCGUUGCUGCUGAGCAUCAUGGGCGUUCGUGCCUUGGGAGAGACGGACCUGAACCCAGUCUCAGGCAUCAGCAAGCUCGCGCAGCUCUUCUUCGCGCUCAUCAUCCCUCAAUCCCACAAGUCAAGCGUGCUGAUCAACCUCGUGGCCGGCGCCGUAUCCGAGGCUGGAGCCCUACAGGCCGGCGACCUCAUGCAGGAUCUCAAGACGGGCCACUUGCUUGGUGCGGCGCCCAACGCCCAGUUUUGGGGCCAGGUCAUCGGCGCCACGGUCGGCGCGGUCGUCAGCGCCUUCAUCUACAGGCUGUACACGGCCGUCUACGAUAUCCCAGGGGACAUGUUCCAGGUGCCCACCGCUUACGUCUGGAUCUUCACCGCGCGGCUCGUCACGGGCAAGGGCCUGCCGCCCAUGGCGCGCGAGUUCUCGAUCGGCGCGGCCGCCAUCUUUGCCGUCUUUACGAUCGUCCGCGCCCGUGCGAUGGGCAAGUGGUACCAUUCCUACAUCCCCGGUGGCAUUGCCGUCGCCAUAGGCAUGUACAACGUCCCCUCCUUCACCCUCGCCCGCACAAUAGGCGGCCUGAUGAACUGGUACUGGCGCGUCCGCCUUGGACGGCAGGAUACACCCCUGAUCGUGCUGGCAUCUGGCUUCGUCCUCGGCGAGGGUUUCCUGAGCAUCGUCAAUCUGAUCCUGCAGAGUGCCAAGGUCCCGCCAUCUGUGAAGCCCCGAGGCCCCGAAGGCCGCUCGAGUGUGAGAGAUGGGGACAAACGGCCACAACGGACCACUUUAACCGGCAUUUAA